GGCAGCAGCAGCAGCACGAGUGUGGACACCUACCCCUAUGGGCUGCCCACCCCUCCGGAGAUGUCUCCACUGGACGCCAUAGACCCAGAGCAGAGCUUCUUCUCCUCGCCCUGCCCUGAGGACCAUCACUGCUCCCACCUUGCCGGAGCCACCUACUCCCCGGAGCCGUGCAACCACCACCCCCUCAGCCCCACCCCCUGCAUGAUCCCCCCGGCCUCCAGCUGCCCUCCCCUUCCUCCUCCUCCCAGCUACUACACACCCGCCUUCCCCUCCCUGCACACCCCCAGCCUCCAUGCCCACCUGGGUCAGCUCUCCCCGCCACCCGACCACCACGGCUUUGAGACCUUGGACCAACUGAGCCAGGCCGAGCUCCUGGGGGAGAUGGACCGCAACGAAUUCGACCAAUAUCUCAACAACCCCAGCCACGGCGACCACCACGGUGGGGUUUUGGUCAAUGGACACGUCCCGGCGGCUGGUGGCUCCCACGGCUCCGAGACCAGCCUGAUCUCCGUCCUUGCCGACGCCACAGCCACCUACUACAACAACUACAGCGUCUCCUAG